GCCUGUCCAGCAGCUUUACAGCAGCGACACUGACUCAGGUUUUAAAAAAGGCUCUCACAGUCUUAGACUGAGAAGUCCUCGCAGAGUAAUGAUUUAUAUGCCAAGUCACUCUGAAAAACUUGGAUUCAUAUUUCCCAAACAUGGAGGGAUUGCUUUUGGUGGAUGAAUGAAAAAGCAGCUCAUGAACCAUCUCUGGAUUAAUUAUUCCAAAGCACUGGAUCUGCUACCUGCCCAUUGGAUUAUAUAUAAAGCUACUGGACAACAGCAAUGCUCCGAUAUCGGAUUAUAAGUAAGAAAUGGUGUCUGGAUAAUUCACAAGGUGUACGCAUUAUUAUUCCACUGUGAAGCUUCUCAGUUAUACUGAAAUUUGCAGCAAGUCUGGUUCUCGGAUUUAGCCUGGCAUUAAAUCAGCUCUAUGGGAUAAAACUGGCUUUCCAUCAUGCCGGUAGCCAUCCGGAAAAGAAGUUGGGAAGAGCAUGUGACUCACCCAUCAGGAUUACAGUACAGCUAUGAUGAUCUGGAUCUGGUCUGCUGUCAUGGAGUCAGCAGCGAGGGACUUUGGAUGGGCUCGGGCACUGUGAAACAAGGUCGACGGACUAGAUGUGCCUCCAUGCCAGAGGGCUGCCACCAAAUGUCAACAGAGGACUUGACUCAGACGCUUGUAGGGACAGCUUCUGCUGGUGAUGGUGUUACUGAAUCAGAACACUUGAUGCUGACUACAAACAGUGGAAAAGCACCUCUGGAUUUGCAAGAGUCAGUUCGUGACUUAGAUGAGGUGGGGGGUGCUGACUUUCCUCAAAAUGCCUCAGAAUCAGAGCAUCUUCUAACCAUUGCCACUGGGAAUUCUGGAACUUUUUGCUGUAACUUAAACAGUUUUAUGUCCAGUGCAAAUAUUCCUUGUGCAACUGAUACCAACAGCCAGAAAGAAAAAACUCUGUAUUGUGAAAGUGAUGUUGGCUCAGACAGUAGCCAGAAUCACAUCUGCAAUGACGAUAAUGUCUUUAAAAGUCCACAUAUCUCUCAUGAAGAGCAACAAUACAUUUCUAUUUCUUCAGACAAUGGACCUCUAUUGUGUGAAUGUACUGGUGAACAACCUGGCAAACUUCCAAAUCACCAGGAAACAAAGGAGAGCCCUACACAGUUUGAGGUCAUGCUAAACCAGUCUUCUGUUGCUGAACUGGAACCUCAAACUGACUGCCCAGAUGUUGUCGAAGGGAUGAUUUCCUCCUCUGACAAAGCUGGGACGAGUGGACCUGUUGUUGUGCUGCACAUUUCAGCUGACAUGAUGGAGACUGGGGAUGCAGUGACACUGGCAAACAAAACUGUGGAACCGUUUGUGAUGUUGGCAGUAAAUGAAGACUGUGAUGAAGGAUUAUCUGAAAACUGGAGUGCAGAUUCUUCUUCCAAGCUAACUGGACUGAAUGAUUUAGAAACUCCAAAUGAAAAAACAAGACUUGACCAGGGAGAAGUUCAAGGAGAGCAAGGCUGCGAUGGCUGUACUGGAGUGCUGGAUCAGGGUUGUGGUUGUGAAAUGUUUUAUCAGCCACUGAUGAAACUGCAUAAUGUUAAAAUGAUAGCUGGGCCUCAUGGGGAGGAAAGUCCACAUGGAGAGAGCAGUGAAGAAGGAACACAUGUCAGGCAUGGACCCACAGAAUCAACUGAUACUGAACUCAAAAGUCAGUGUAGCUCUAACCUAAAACCUAAAACUAACCAAAACAUUUCUUCUGAACAACUAAACGCUGGCUGUUCAGGGGGAGAUCCCAUGAAGACAAACACUAUGCUGUGUGCAGAUCACUCUGAGCAAACAGCUUUAAGUCAGGCAACUGGAAAUUCUGAUCAGAGUUUAUUACCUGAAGAGCUGACUGUUUCUGAGGACCAAGGUGUACAUCAUCAUAUGGAAAACAACAGUUCAAAACUGGACACAAUUCCAGAGAUCAGCUUUGUUGAGACAGAUGACAUAAUAAUGACAAGUCAGCGGAAACAACAAAAAAAUACCAAUGUUAAUAUUACCCACAAUCCAGAUAAGUACUCCAAUUUAGAUGAUACACAUAAAUCUAUUGAAGAAGACAUGCAAAACCUGCCACCAUCCUCUAAAGAGGUCAUUGAGGGACUCCAUGGCAACCAAACCUCUGGUUGUUACUUCAAUGAGUCACCUGUCUCUGAGGUGGCAGAUGGUCAGAGGGAACACCAUCGACCAGGAGCCACAGUCCUCAUGAUGAGGGAGUCAAAUGAGGCCACAGACUCAGUUGUUUGCAGCGAGGAGCAGUCCAGUUUAAUUUUCAGUGGAACAAAUUACACUGAAGAUCAGAAAGAGGACAAUGUGGUCAAAGUGCGCAUGAGAAAGCGUGAGCAUGCUCGGUUAGACUCAAUGGUGCUACUGCUGAUGAAGUUGGACCAGUUGGACCAGGAAAUUGAGAAUGCCCUCAGCGCUACCUCUUCUAUGGACAGCACUCCUACCCCUCACCGUCGACAUCUCCUGGAGGUUGAUGUAGGAUCUGUGCCAGCAGCUUCACAGACUGUUCCACAUCCACAAUGUGCUGCUGCUUUCCCCUCAGAGUCUGCACCGGCCCUUGGAGCAAAACCUAAGAGCGGGGGCACUUCUGUUGUUCCAGAAAAGGAAAAGACUGAGAUCGAAGCCAAAGAGGCCUGUACCUGGCUCCGAGCUGCAGGGUUCCCACAGUACGCCCAGCUUUAUGAAGAUGCCCAGUUUCCUAUUGAUAUUUCUUCAGUCACCAGAGACCAUGACUUCCUCGAUCGGGAUGCUAUUGAGGCUCUCUGCAGGAGACUGAACACCCUCAACAAGUGUGCUCUAAUGAGACUGGAGAUAUCACCACAAAGAAAAAGAAGCGAAGACUCAGAUGAGGACGAGCCUUGUGCCAUCAGUGGCCGGUGGACCUUCCAGAGGGACAGCAAGCGGUGGUCCCGGAUGGAGGAGCUGGAGGUUUUCUCUACGUUGUCUACAGAUGCCACCCAGCCCUCCUUUACCAAGGAUCAAGUAUCUCAGAAAGGCAAGCUGGCCCUGCAUGAAGGCAACAGUUCAGAAAGUGUGCUGACUGACCUCAGUGAGCAGCCUGAGGUGGGCUCCAUCCAUAGCAGUGGCAGUGGAGGAAGAGGAGAAGAGAAAAACCACAGUGCUGCCUUGGUAAAUGAAACUAUACCUGCCGGUGCCACCCGUGCCAGCUCAGUAGCUAGCAUGUGUUCAUCCUCAGGCACAGGCGGAUCAGGAGGCGCCAAUGAGGACUCUCUGUCUGAUGGGUUACCUCCGUCUCCCCUUGAGACUUUCAGGCAAUUCACCUUUGAUGUCAAAACAGGGAUGGCAGGAGGAAGUCUGGACCGAGGAGGAGGCAGUGGCAAAAGUACGCGUUCAAGAGCUAAAAGCUUCCUCAAGAGGAUGGAAAGUCUGCGGCUUCGCAGUGGCACCUCCUCCAAGAGAAAGAAGAAGGGGAGCACCAGUGGAGGAAAAUUAGAAAUCAGUGGGCCAGUCAUCAAAGAGGGUCUAGAUGAUGACAAACUGCGAAAGCUUAACUGUGUUGACAUCUCAAGUAUCAACCUCAAUCACCACCGCAAUCCCACUCAGACUAUGACUCUUAACCGGAUUCGCUCUGUAUCUUACUCUACUCAGACCAGCAACGGAAGCACUGGAAGUACUGGGAGCAGCCAGUCUGAGGCCAGCAGUGGAAGUGCAGUGAGCACACCGAGCCCAGUGACUCGAGCUCGUAGCCACAGCACAGCAGCAGGUUCAAGUAAGAGAGGAGGAAUGUAUCUGGAGGGUUUUGAUCCUUUCAGCAUUCUCCAGCAGGCUUCCGAUCGACAGCCGCCUCCUCCAAAAUCUGCUCCGCCCAUCCCCUGCCAAGCCAGUAAUGGGAUGUCGGUUGAUGAGCAGAACCACAGGAACAACUGCAGUGUUCCAGACAAAAGCAAACAAGAAGAAGAUGACGAUGAAGAAGAGGGAAUGAUCUUUUUUUACUUACCAGAAGGGCACAAGCCGGGAACCUUCCCCAAAGCCCUGCAGGAUGGGAGUUCACGUAAUAACAACGGGAAUGAUAAUGGAAACUUGGUGAUCCUCAGGGGACGGCAGAGUAGACGCCAGCGUCGCACCUCUUCAGGCUCAGUCGACAGCCGGCUUAGUUUUUAUGACAAUGUCCCCUACACUGAGAGAGAGGAGGGAGAGGAGGAAGAGGUGGAUGAACACAAAUUGGAAGAAGUGCUGCAACACGUCAGUGGCCUGCAGCGCUUCGUUAAUGCCUGGUCGGAGGCCAUGGCUGGUGAAGAGGAGGAAGAAGAAGAUGAUGAAGAAGAGGAAGGAGACUCUGAUUCAGCACUGGAUUCGGCAUCCCCGUGCCCAUCAUCUCCUCUGCAGAAUCGACUGGAAGAGGCUGAGAAUGGAAGCGACCAAGACAGCACAGGAAAUCCCCUGGGCGAUGGAGAGGAUGGGAUGAGGGAGAGAAGAGAUUCGGGCGUUGGAGCGUCAUUAACUCGAACCAGCAGACCACAGAAACUGCGCUGGCCGAGCUUUCAGAACUCCCAUCGGCCCAGCUUGGCCUCCGCCCAGCUCCAGAUAAGCUGCCAGUCUGUGCUGCAGAUGAAUCUGCUGCAGAAGCUCUCCCUUCUGCAGCUCACCGCUCUUCUGGAGAAACACACCCCGACAAAUAAACACGGCUUCAGCUGGGCAGUGCCAAAGUUUAUGAAGCGGAUCAAAGUGCGUGAUUACAAAGACAGGAACGUGUUUGGUGUGCCACUACAAGUCAUUGUCCAGCGCACCGGCCAGCCCCUCCCUCAGGGAAUCCAGCAAGCCAUGCGCUAUUUACGCAACCAAUGUCUUGAUCAGGUGGGUCUUUUUAGGAAAUCGGGAGUUAAAUCUCGAAUCCAGGCUCUUCGUCAGAUGAACGAGGCGAGCGGUGCAGAUGGAGGAGGAGUUAACUAUGAGGGCCAAUCGGCGUAUGACGUCGCCGACAUGCUGAAACAGUAUUUCAGAGACUUACCAGAACCCCUUCUUACAAGCAAACUGUCUGAGACCUUCCUCCAGAUCUAUCAGUACAUGCCUAAAGAGCUCCGUCUUCAGGCGACACGCGCUGCUGUGUUGCUGCUGCCGGAUGAAAACCGCGAGGCGCUGCGGACGUUGCUGUGUCUGCUCACCGACGUGACGGCCAGCGUGGCUGAGAACCAGAUGACCCCCACCAACUUGGCUGUUUGUCUGGCCCCGUCACUUUUCCACCUCAACACUCUGCGCCGCAAAGAAAGCUCCUCGCCAAGGGUUAUGAACCGGAAGCAGAUGCUGGGAAAACCAGACCAGAGGGAUCUAAAUGAGAACUUGGCUGCCACUCAUGGCUUGGCACAUAUGAUCCAGGAGUGCAGAAAACUCUUCAGGAUCCCUGAAGAAAUGAACCGCUGUAGGAACUCUUAUGUGGAGCAGGCAUUACUGCCACAGCGCUUAGAGGAGCUUGCAGGUGAAGAGGCCGGACAAGGAGGCUACAGGGCCUACCUGCAGGACAGCUUAGAUGUUUUUCUGAAAGAGGCCAAAGACAAGUUCAAAGGUUACGACAGCUUCUCAACACCUGAGCAUGCUGAGCUCUCCUGCAGGAAGGUGCAUGAUGGGUUUCCACUGCGGCUGUGGAAAGUGACUGUAGAAGUUCCUGCGAGUCCUGAGGAAGUUCUGAUGCGGCUACUGAGAGAGCAGGGGCACUGGGAUGAGGACCUGCUCGAGAGCAGAGUAGUGGAGACCCUUGACGAGAGGACGGAGGUCUACCAGUACGUCCGCAACACCAUGGCUCCACAUCCCACUAGAGACCACCUGGUGCUCAGAACAUGGGUAACAGACUUGCCAAAGGGAGCAUGUGCACUGGUGUGUUCAUCUGUGGAUCAUGAAGGGGCACCAGUGGUGGGUGUCCGCACCAAUGUCCUUACUUCACGCUACUUCAUAGAGCCCUGUGGAGCCAACAAAUCCAGACUCACACACAUUUCCAGAAUCGACUGCAGGGGUCGCUUCCCGGAGUGGUACAAUAAACUUUACGGACACUUGUGCGCUGCUGAAGUGGCUCGGAUACGAGACUCAUUCACUGUGCCCAUGGACAAAUAAGAAAACGGCCUCCAAUUUGACUCAACAAUUUCUUGGAUCAAAAUGAAUAAUUCCAGCUGAGUACAGGUGGAUUAAAAGCCUCUUUAUGCUCAUAGUCAAAGACAGACCCUUGAGCAUUGAUUGAAGGACUUGUUUUCCCUGCAUCCAUACAGACUAAUGUUAUGUUUAAAACCGUUCUGUUGGGACCCCAGAGAGGACUUCUAAACAGAUUUACCCGGGCCUGAGGACAUUGUGUUGCUGAUACAGGAUGUAUGGCUUAGACUUGAUCUAAAGGAUGCUAUUGCUUCUGAGAAGCAAGGGAGAUUCAUGGUAUGUGUGAGCGUGUGAGUGUGUCCAAAGCAACAAGCGGGUAAUUCAUAUUUGUCGUGUUGGUUUUCAGGUGGAGAGUGAUGUGUACAUAUAGUAUUCUGGUCACACAGUAGCAGUCGGUGCCUGUCUAGUUUUACCUUUGUCCCCUUUUCUGUUACGGCAAAGCACAGGAGGAAUAGUAGACGUUAUUAUGACGAGCUGAUUGAUGAAUCUAUGGGUGAAGAAAGAUGCAAAUGUGCUGGUAAUAUGCAGACUGAAUGGAGACAAAAGACAGGAUAUAGCGAGAUGACAGGUGGCCAAUAGCACACAGGGUUGUAGUGUUUCAAGGCAGAGACGGAUGAGAACUGGUGGCUGGCUCACCAAAAGAAAUAGACUGAUCAAAGAAAGGGUUUCAUUUACUGACAGGUAAAUAAGUCACUUCAGUCCCUCAAGAAAAAUUGCUUUCACUCAGCCUGAGUCAUGAGCUUAAAAUGGAAGUUGAUUUUUGUUUGUUAAAAACACACAGGCAGGGUUAGUUUCUGUGCUAGUAAAGCAACAUAGUGCCAAAAACAAGUGUUUCAGUGACAAAGAACAGAAAGAAGCCAUAAAAAAAAAGCUCUGAAGUGGUAAAAUCGAUGACCAACUAACAGAUUUAAUGGACCAAAUAAAGAAAAAGC